AUUUCUUCCUUAUAUAUACUCAAAAAACUGUCAACAAAUGCAUAUUGUAUUUUGAUAGUCCAAUCAGCUAGGACAAUGAAGUUAGAAAUAAUUGUUUGCCUUUUGUGUUUAUUAUCUUUAACACAUGCUUACUCUUACAAAAGGAGAAAAAAUUGUGUGAAACGACCUUUGCCAUAUCCUCCGACUUAUCAUUACUACAGACCAAGGUUUCCUCCAAUGCCAUUCCCAAGAUGGCCCCAGUGGAACGUGCCCGCUCCAACUCCUGUGGCCAUGAAGUUUUUUGAGGUUGGAGGACAACCUGCGCCACCAAACACUGACCAGAUCCUACCUUUGUUUCCCCAGCCCCAGCCGCCAAUUGACGUCAAACCUGUCAUCCCGGAUAACUCCGGACCCGUGAUCGUAAAUCCGGUGAAUCCGAUUAUAGAAGAUUCCGGACCCCUUCGUGGAGAUCUUGCUCCUGCUCGUGAUAUUGUACCACCUGCACUGAAUGGUAAACCUUGCAAUGCCAUGAGUAAUAAUUGUGCCAUGGGAGAAGUUUGUAUGUAUAUUGACCAGUCAGUAGGAAAUAGCUUUGUUUGUCCCUCGGCGACUGCAGUGUCAUGUACUUGCCAACCAGGGUGUCGGCAUGGGGACCUAUUUAUUUCACUCGGUAAUACGGUGUUGGUGGAUCAGUGCGGAAGCAAAUGUUCUUGUAUGUCGUUGUAUGGAACAGUCAGCUGUGACAAAAAAGCUUGUUAGUCCAAUCAUUCUAAUUUUUACUCUAUGGAUCAAGAGAAAGCCAAAGAUUUAUGUAAAC